UAGCGUGAGGAGCAGCUCCGUAUCCUCCGAGCUUCAUAGACAAACAUGAAACAGGCAGAAAAAUAUAGAUCCAGAUCGAAAGACGUACGCAUACACACAUAAAAAUCUAGAGCCGUCCAUCUCCGUUAUCAGGAGGGCUAGGGCAGGAACAUGACGUCUCUACCCUUGUUGGCCCGACAAUAGUGGUGCUACAAUACUUUGUAAGUGCGGUCUUGAUCGGAGUUGCUUCUGUUCAUCUCGUGUUUCAUCUCGAAGUCUGCUGUGGACCUCGUUCCUCGGUACUCAAGCACAAGUCGGAGUGUGGCUGUUUCGUCGUCGAAAGAUUGCUCGAUUCAUGUUGACGCUCAACUGUAGAAUGUAUGAGAAGAAGCUUUCUGUGGGUAAAAGGUGUUGUAUCGAAAAAUUCUCUGGUGUGGCAAAAGUCGAUAUCGGCCCGUAUCAAACCGAGACAAUCUGUUUCAAAACUGCACAUCUCGACCCCAACAUCGACUCCUUUUUCGUCCCUGUAAGCGCGAGCAUAUUCGUAGUUUUGGAUUCAAGUAUUGUGCUUGUGUUGCUAGGAGCUUGGUUGACCUUGACGCAACAUGAAUAUAUUUAACCAUCUCACUCUUCCAUACUAGCUAUUUCUGUAUGAAUGUGUCAUGUUCCUGCAAAAUAACAAGAUAUUCGACACGUAGAUUAUAGAGACAAAACGAGAUUUCAAAACCUUAGGAAACAGCGCUUGCAAUUGUUCUCUCUUAUCGGGGUUGAAUAAAAAGGGUAGUAGCAUCAACAGCAGAUAAGCGAUAAAAGUACAAUUGAUUUUCAAGUUCACGUUGACAGCUAAGACUAGAUAGUGCCUCGACCAGUUGACAACAGUGAUUGUCUAGGAAGCCACGGCCUGUGAGUGCCUAGUGAACUAAGAAGACAAUCGUCCACCAAAAGUACUAGCGCUGGCUUCCUCCUUCUCACUCCAGAACUCCACCUAAAUGGUGUUUUGUCACUAAUUUAUCGCAGAUCUAAAAGUGAAUUCGACAAAGAAGCACUUUCAUUUUCCUCCCAUCAAUUAUACCGUGUAAAUUUGAAACCAGCCUUGUUCUUGAUAUUUUAGAUCCCUUUGCUCCUCCCGUUUUCAACGUCUAACCCAUAGACCCAUCUCAUAAUCAACCCUCGUCGUCCCACAACUAGCAGCCCUAGCAGAGUAGUACCAGUAUCGUCAACGACUGCCCUUUGCGCAUCAGCAAACGACCGUACGGACCAGCGUCCAGCAAAACCUCAAUUCAACAUCACUACAACAAAGCCUUGAGUAGUCAGUACUUUUUUACGCGAAGGAGUAGUAGGAAAAGGAGUUCCUUCCCCCAUAUUGAGUUUGCUGGAAGCCAGGGUGACGAGGCCGAUGCCGAUGACAGAAGCGUAUCGUCCUUUCCUCAGCGACCCACAUCGUAUUGAGGAUGACCCGGAUCGCCACAAAGAACCAGAACUCCCUAGUCCACAUAAAACACUGAAGCAUGGCGGGGGCUCCUCUUCUUCAGCAAGCUCAAGCGAAAAUGAGAACGGUAUUUUUGAAAUCGUUGAGUUUGAAUUUGUUGUUCUGGUUCGAGCAGAUGGAUUUACAACGUCUGCUCUCGUUUGUUGUUGUGCUAGCAAUAUGAAUCCGUUUGAGGUUUGAUAGAAGAUGAAUGAAGAAGUACGUUGUUCGUAUCGACGAUACAUGGACGAUGUAAGGGGACUCUCCUUCGUGAAACCAUAUUGAACAGCCAUCAGCCGCUACAUCGGGACGGGCACGGACGGCUAUUUCAAGCUGUAUCGAACUAGCUCAUUCUCAUCCGAUUUGGAGAAUGAGUACGAGGAAGUUGAUGAGCCCGAUGUCGAGUCCUGGUUAAGGCCAGCUUUUAUCCAUCUUCCUCGGCAUCUUGAUACCAUUUUGUUUCCUUGUAUUUGUUCAUGGGAAGCAAAGGGGGCAAGACUAGGGAACCGAGAUGAAUAAAAGCCGACUCUAACUUGGGUUGGAAGACUAGUUUUAGACGAAGUCGCACAGGAAAAGUGGAAUCUUUUGAGCUACGCUGACAAAAAGCGACUCGUGGGACAUGGUGCUUCUUUUCGUUUGUAGCUUAGCCUAGUACUAGAUUUCUGACAUCAGUAACAACAAUGCACCAAAUAUCCCUGGUUGUAAUGCUUUUGCUAAGUAGAGCAAUCUACACCUCGUUGUCUAGUUGAUCCAACAUGCUGCCCCGCCAUGCUCUCACCAGGUACCCUCAAGGGCGACAACCACUCCGCCAACCUUGUGGCGCGCAUCAAUCAGCUGAAUAAGAAGAAGGUGGCAAAGCAUCGCAGUAGGCUUCUUCCGCACAGAAUAGGCAUUAACGGCAGGACAGUAGCGGCACAUCUAGGCCCCUACAGCAGAGAAAAGAGUGGCGGCCAUGGCAUCAACAGAUGGAACUUGCCAAUCGGAUACAAAGGUUUUUUUGAGAGCGUUUCGAUGACGCAAUACCUUGUUGUGCUAUAGUUGAAUGGUGGCCUGUCAAUUUCAUUGUCACGUGGAGUGCGCCUAGCUACACGUAAAUUAUGAUUAUCAAUCUGAAAAACUUUAGCUGGCACAGCGGGUGGCGCAUGGUCUUGGGGAAGUGAAGGAGACUGGCCGGGCGAUGAAUUGCCGAUUUUAAAACUAAAAAAUAUUCCAUUUCAUAUCAACGGAGACCAGAUAGCUGAUUGGUUCGGGACACAUUCAAGAAAUAUCACUGGAAAGGUAUUAAAUUUCGUUAGGGGAAAGAGUUUGUUCCGAGCAAUGUUGAACCUUCUCCGCGAUCAAUUCUUAACAAGCUGGUCUCAGUGUCAGUCGUGCCCGAGAAAGAUUUUGAACUAGCCAUAGUGUCCUUUCUUUUCUACGACAAGUGUUUUCCGCACACAAAUCAGAUCACAAUUGAUCGCUCUGCUGGGCUUGCUUUGGUGGAAUUCAGAAAUUUGGGGUUUGCCUAUGCUGCGAAAUCAGCAAAGGAAGCCGCGCCACUCCGCGGACACCUCGUUGAUAUCAUCGGCCCACUUAAACAGCAACCAGAUAGUACUACUAUCCCAAAUUUUAUUCCGGGCUUGUCUUCGGUUUGUGAAUAUUGAUUCUGCUGGUGAUCUGCAUCUUGUUCACCAGGGAAAUGUUGCAUUUUUCUGUUGUGAUCUCGUUUACCAGGGAAAGCAUGACUACCACCAGUAUGUAAGCUGCUAACUAUAAAGUAAAUUUCGGUUUAAUUCAAAAAGUGAUUGGAACAUCAAUUGCAAAGCCUCUUCUAGUUCUACCUGAAGGAUAAAAAUGCAAUUCAAAAAACAACCCAUGCAUCAGGCGCAGCAUCCGCGGGAGGCGAAAUCAAGGAGUUUAUGGCUGAGCUCAAGGCUAGGGAGAAUAGCGGCGACCUUGGAGUUGAGGAUAUCAUGCAGAAGUAUGAAGAGUGGAAGCUCGAGAAGCGUCGAGCGCGAUCACAACCCGCAAUUUUCUUUGCCGGCGCAAACGAUUUGGCGCUUGCCAGCAUGUUUGGAAUUUAUGAAAAGCAAUCGAAAAUUUGUGUGAGUGUCUUCCUUUGUUCUGUCCAUUUAUUAUCUCGAUUGCAAAAAAAUGAAUCAGAUUUCGAUGGGCUGUAGGAGUUCCCUGUAUUUCAUCCCAGAUCCAUCAUCAUCCACAUUUCUUCUUCAUAUAUUGCAAACCGGAGAGCGUCCUGCAUGGCGUCGUUCAGAGAAUAAGGGUGGUGAUAAUGCUGCCACGAAUUGGACGAAGCCUGAUGGAAAGGCAAGUGGGGUUGGAGUGGUAGAGCCACCACCUGCAGGCGUUAACGUGAGGCCGCUUGGUUCAGGUAGCAGUUCAGGUUUGAGCUCCGCAUCUGCAGGUGCACGGAAUGGAUGGCGAGGUCCAUGGGACAAGCGUGACGAAAUGAUGGAAGGAAAGGGCAAGUCGCACAUGAAAGGCGGCUACUUCAACAGCUACCAUGAGUAUUCUAUUAUUCCUAACGUACCUACAAUUCUUGCUUUUACUAUAAAAACAAUUUUUGGAGUUGUACUUAUUCAUUUCAUAAAAGAUGUUCGUGUUGUUCAUGUGUGAAGAUUCGUAGAGGACCUCUAGAGGUAUCUAUUACAUCAAGGUCUGGAUGAUUUAUUGAGGAAACAAAGUAAAUUUUGGACUACGUACGUUCGCCGUUUUGCGUCCUUGCUUGUAUUGACCUAGUACGGAAAAUCUGAAAUCCACACUCUUUCUCAGGGAAUCCAGUAAUGACGCAGAUUGGUUUGGUAAAUAUGGUGGCGACAGGGGCAAGUUUGGUGGAAAGUCAACACUCGGCAGCAUACUAUCAAACCUGCAGGGAAAAGGGGGCACCAACUACCACAUGCCAGAUGCGCUUGCAGCAUUGAAGUUAUGGAUUCUGGAAUUUGGUCUUUCGAGCAGCAUAAGAAGAAAAAAUUCAAAUUCUCUUUGGGGCACUCUAGUGUAGACUGCAAAGCAAGUUAUUCUCGAGUUCAUUUUAGUUUUUUCUAUCGUUCUUUAUCUCUCAGGAAGGAUGAUCCCACCCUACAAUAUAUGUCUUUAGGCAUUAUGUAAGUACACUACCUAGCUUUAUUUGUUCCUUGAUCGAUGUUGGGUGCAUCAUCAUACUAACUUGAUAGAUAAUAGUCAUAAGGAAACAGGCCAACGCCUAAACCACUUUGGGUCUGCUCCAUUCUCGCGAUCUCCGUGGCUAGGCUCCCCCCUUCUUGGGUGGUUUAGGCGUUGACAUGUACGCGUAUCAAUCAAACUGCCGGGGUGGGUUCGAGUCCCGGCAAUAUCAAAAAUAGUUGCAGAGUCUAGAAUACGCAUCGAGGCCAAGGGGUGGGAGGCGUCAGAUUGAGCGCGCUCCAGUGCACACACCCGCCACGGAAUGAGCCAAGUGGAAGACGCAGCCACCGACGAGCCCGACAUCGGCAAACUCAACCGGUCCCACCCGAUGAGGGGGGAGCCUGGCCACUGAGAUCGCGGGAAGGAGAAUGGCGUAAGUCCAGACCCCAAUGAACCUGGCAGCCUAGUGAUACCGGCCGCCGCAAGCAUGGCGGUGACCCACCUAGCAACGGCAGGGGGUGCCUAGCGACAGAGAUCGCGAGAAAGGCAGCCGAGCCCACCCCGGUAGUUUGGUUGAUAAGUGAACAGGCCAACGCAGUUGGCAUGGUGGUUUAGGCGUUGGCCUGUUCCCUUAUCCUAUAUGUUGCAAAAACAAAAACAAAACGUAAGAUCUCAUCUAAUGCUUGGUUCAGCUUCAGGGAAGUUCAACAAGUCCUUCUAUGAGGGUGGAAGUGCGCGCAGAGGUCUCGACCAAAUGAUGGGCGGUUCCCGCGUCAAUGCACCUCCAAAACGCGCGGGUGGUCCGCCUAACGACGUAGCAUCUUCUUAUGGCAACGCCUAGCGAGGAAGCAUUGACUUCUAAUAGUGAUUAUUUUCGGCGUACUACGGUUCAGUAGAUGAACAUCAAGUUCUUUGACGGGGUUAGAGUCUGCUCCUACAUUUCACCUUGUCUUUGCACGCAGCUAGGGAAAGAAGAUGUUGCAUAUUCUUGCAAGUUAGUAGCUCUAAUUUGUGCUUGCUGCGGCAUUGGUCAGUGCACAAGGUGAACAGUGGCACGGACAGGAGGGAUCAUCUUCUAGUUCGCGCGACGAUGGAGGUUUGAACGAGCUGCUAGGAUCACUCAUGGGUCCUGCGUCUAGCGCAUCAGCACCAGCAGCAAAAGCCGAUCCGUGGGCAGAACUCUUCCAGUCGAGUAGUGCUUCAAACGACUAUCACAACAGCAACGAAGCGCACAGUCGCGUGGGUGGUGGUAAUUCUUGUUUGUUUCUUCUAUGUGAGUUUGUAAGCGAUCAAGAGAAAUCAUCAUGUUUUGUUCACCUUUUUACGACCUCAUGGUGAAGCAGAAACAUCAAGGAACUUAACAAGUCAGUAACAUUGCUCGGAGAUGGAUCUCAAACUAAGGCUCAUUUUUUUUCCCAUUCUUGCAACACAGCAAAAUCCAAUGGCAAUGGUGGAGAUUUUCUAGGCUGGUUUAACGAUGGCAGCAAUAAGAACGACUCAUGGAACAACUGGGACAUGGGUGCAGGAAACGGCUCGUCGUCAACGUAUUCACAUGAGACUGUCAAGACUGCACUCACAAUAUUUCUGAGUAGAUGUUGAUCCUUCUAGCACUGGGUGCUUUUUUGUACUGAAUGCUGAGUGAAGAUUCUGAGUACAACAUAGUAUCAGCAUAUUGAUGUUGGUCUUUCAUAUGAAUGUUAGCAUGUUGUCGUGCAACAAAUUUGUAUACAACUAUAGAAAGGAUGGCUCAACUUAGACUUACUACAAAACUACAGGAACAACAGCGCCACUGACGACCUGUUGAAGAACAUCAUCGGCGGCUUUUCCUAA